AUGAGUCCCCUCCAAUUUCCUAUUGAUGCGAUCACCUCGCGGUUCGGUGACCGCUUCAACAGUGUUCGCUCCCAAUCCUUUAGCACGCGCUUCGCUAACCUCCGUCCUGUUUCCGAAUUCCUGGAUGUCAAGCGUAUCUCAAAGCCCGCCAACUUUGGCGAGGUUCAGAGCCGAGUGAACUACAACUUGUCUUAUUUCUCGAGCAAUUAUGCUGCCGUCUUCGUGAUGCUUAGCAUUUAUAGCUUGCUGACCAACCCGGUCCUGCUCUUUGUUAUCAUCUUCGUGACAGGUGGUCUUUACGGAAUUGGCAAGCUCCAGGGCCGAGACCUCGAUUUGGGCGUUGCCCGCUUCAACACCUCCCAGCUGUACACUGGGCUACUACUUGUCGCAGUUCCCCUAGGAUUCUGGGCCUCGCCCAUUGCUACUGUGCUCUGGUUGAUCGGAGCCACCGGCGUGGCCGUCUUCGUGGGGAGACAAACCAGGAGACGUGCGGCUCCGUGGGUGGAUGAGAGCUCAAGGGUUGAGGAGCUUGACAGUGAGGAUGACGAUAUGUACAGUCGUCAAGAUAUGCGCAUAUCACAGGCAAGGCAGGCAGCGGAUCGGGAGAUCAAUGAAGGAUCGAUUCGACGGAGGCGAAUGGUAGAGUAUGACGCGUUCUACGAAGACGAAAUGGCCGCUGUCGAUGAGAUGGACUAUGACCUACAGGAUAGCUUGGACAGCACGGUGGCUUAUGCAGUGCAGUUGGCCAUGAAGGACAAGGAGGAGCGACUGGUAGAUCAGGCUCUCGACCGGAUACGACACGCGCAGGCUCAGGGCCAGAAGAACGUGCGUUUAUCGAAACGGGAGCUAGAGGCGAUCGAACGCAUGCGGACCGGGUCGAGAAGCGUUACAGGGGAAGCACCUCGUGGUGGUGGUUCCUAUUUGUCAUCCUCCCCGAGAAAGCACAGCGUGCCGUCUCCCCUUGCAGAAAACAACAGUGCUUAUGCCUUCUGGGCGCGCACUUCGGGUGCUUCUCACAACCCCGAAGCCUCACCCCGAUCGCCACCUUGUCGCUCUCAGUCUAGCCACACGCCCCCUCGAUCUCCACUCCAGCCAGCUUACUCACUGGAGCGUUUACCAUCAGUACCUCUUGUUCGCAAUCCUGGCUCCAUGCGGAGGCCGGCCCUCACGCGUCCUCUCCACGACGAUACCCAAUGGGUACCCUCCCGUCGGCCCCUUAAUCCUAUAGAAUCUCCGUUGUAUCCGCUAGAUCCUCGACGCGACUCGGUCGACCAUUCAGAAAAGACCUCGAUGUCUAGCUAUCGGAAUAUUUUUGACGAUCGUCCUAACGGCGCACGGAGUGCGACUAUGAAUCAAGGGUGGCCGGGGAGAGUGACGGAGCAAUACCCCCGAGAGGAUGCCGGAAAUCGAAGCAGUGGGUUGGAGGACAGUAGCGAUGAAGUGCACAUGGUAGACGUGUUGGAGCGGCGAGUGCCGCUUGGCAUGCCAACGCGGAUGCCAGUUUGGAGAGGAAGUUAUCAUCGCGGCAGUCGU